AUGUCUGCCCAGGCUGAAUCUGCGAACACUCCCGCCGACAAGGGCAAGGCAGCUGAGGCUGAGGUGCAAGACAACAGCAUGGACGUCGACAGCUCCAGCGAUGAGGAGGCUGACGAGGUAGUUGAUGAUCAAGAUGCCCCCGAGGACCUAGAGGAGGAGAACAUGGAGGAGAUCAACCCCGGAAACAUCAUCAGCUCUGGUCGCCGCACCCGCGGAGUCAAGAUUGAUUUUGCCAAGGCUGCCGCGGAGAUGGGACCUGACGACGAGGAGGAGGAGGCAGAUGAUGACUUCGUGGAACCUCCCGAGGAGUCCGAUGCCGAGAUGAAGGACCACAAGUAG